AUGUGGUAGAGGGGAACAGGAAGUUCCGGGUAGAAAACGACAGAACUGUGUUAUGUCGAUGGUGGUUGUGUCCGUUUCAACUGUAUCAUUGUAGGCCGACUCAGAUUAAGUCUGAGGCCGGUAACAUCAACAGUGAGGACAAACCCAGCCUGCCUCUCUCCUUCCACACUGAGUCCAAACCUACAGUCACUGGGUACUGAUUGUGACAGUGGAGCCCAGUUUGCACUGCAGGAUCCAGAGAUGGCAUCAGUGAAGCUGGAAGACUGCAGUCAAACACUGGAGCUGAAUGUCAUCAUUAAAGAUGAAGAAGAGGAGGAGAAGAUUAGGACAACUGUUAGUCAUGGAUACCAUGUUGAGACAUUCUCUACAUCCAGAGAGCAACAGCAGGAAGAUCACAGAGCUAAGAGGUCUCACCACUGCCCAUAUUGUGGGAAGAUUUUCCCAUUUCUAUCAAAGCUAAAAAUACACCUAAGAAAACACACAGGAGAGAAACUUUAUUCCUGCUCUGACUGUGUGGCGAGUUUCUCUCAACGUUACGACUUAAAAGCACAUGAACGUAUACAUACAGGGGAGAAGCCUUACGUCUGCUCUGACUGUGGAAAACGUUUUAAAACAUCAAAUGAGCUAAAAUCUCAUCAGAGAACACACACAGGAGAGAAGCCUUACGUCUGCCCUGACUGUGGAACUAGUUUCUCUCACCUUUCCACCUUAAAAACACAUGAACGUAUACAUACAGGAGAGAAGCCUUACUGCUGCUCUGACUGUGGAAAACGUUUUCAAACAUACGCUCAGCUAAAAGGUCAUCAGAGAACACACACAGGAGAGAAGCCUUACGUCUGCCCUGACUGUGGGGUGAGUUUCUCUCUUCUGGGCACCUUAAAAAAACACCAACGUAUACACACAGGAGAGAAGCCUUACGUCUGCUCUGACUGUGGAAAAUGUUUUAAAACAUUAUUUGAGCUAAAAUCUCAUCAGAGAACACACACAGGAGAGAAGCCUUACGUCUGCCCUGACUGUGGAACUAGUUUCUCUCACCUUUCCAACUUAAAAACACAUGAACGUAUACACACAGGAGAGAAGCCUUUCUUCUGCUCUGACUGUGGGGCGAGUUUCUCUCUUCUGGGCACCUUAAAAACACACCAACAUAUACACACAGGAGAGAAGCCUUGCGUCUGCUCUGACUGUGGAACUUGUUUCUCUCAACUUUCCAACUUAAAAUCACAUGAACGUGUACAUACAGGAGAGAAGCCUUACUCCUGCUCUGACUGUGGAAAACGUUUUCAAACAUAUGCUCAGCUAAAGGUUCAUCAGAGAACACACACAGGAGAGAAGCCUUACUUCUGCUCUGACUGUGGAACUUGUUUCUCUCGACGUUCCCACUUAAAAUCACAUGAACGUAUACAUACAGGUGAAAAGCCUUACGUCUGCUCUGACUGUGGGUCGAGUUUCUCUCGUCUGGGCACCUUAAAAACACACCAACGUAUACACACAGGAGAGAAGCCUUACUCCUGCUCUGACUGUGGAAAAUGCUUCACAACGUCAACGGAUCUAAAAGUUCAUCAGAGAACACAUACAGGAGAGAAGCCUUACUCCUGCUCUGACUGUGGAAAAUGUUUUAAAACAUCAAAAGAGCUAAAGGUUCAUCAGAGAACACACACAGGAGAGAAGCCUUUCGUCUGCUCUGACUGUGGAACUAGUUUCUCUCACCUUUCCAACCUAAAAUCACAUGAACGUAUACAUACAGGAGAUAAGCCAUACUCCUGCUCUGACUGUGGAAAAUGCUUCAAAACAUCAACUGUGCUAACAGUUCAUCAGAGAACAGACACAGGAGAGAAGCCUUAUUCCUGCUCUGACUGUGGAAAAUGUUUUAAAACAUCAAAUAAGCUUAACGUUCAUCAGAGAACACACACAGGAGAGAAGCCUUACGUCUGCUCUGACUGUGGAACUAGUUUCUCUCAACUUUCCAACUUAAAAUCACAUGAACGUAUACAUACAGGAGAUAAGCCAUACUCCUGCUCUGACUGUGGAAAAUGCUUCAAAACAUCAACUGUGCUAACAGUUUAUCAGAGAACACACACAGGAGAGAAGCCUUAUUCCUGCUCUGUGGAAGGGUGGGCGUGUAACUCAAACUUCUAGCCAAAGGCUGCUGUGUUUAGAAUCUCAUCAAGGAGGACUUUAGCAUUUUAGCAACUUUGCAACUACUUACUACUUUUUAGCUAUUACUUAGCAUGUUAGCUUAGCAUGUUAGCUUAGCAUGUAACUACUUAGUAUGUUAGCUAACCUUUCCCCUAAAACCAUUUAACCCCUCACCCAGCUAACGUUAGCAACAACAAAUUGGAAUUCGUUACAUAUCAUACAUAUUACAAGUCCGUAACAUAUUGUAUGAAUAGCAAUGCGUAAAAUAACAUAAAAAUUGUAAUUCGUAACAUACGAUACGUCCUACAAGUCGUAUUAUACUUAACAACAAUCUAAACGCAACAAUUUCAAAGAUUUACAGUUCGUAUAAGGAUAUGAGUCAUUUUAAAUAAAUGAGUCCCUAAUCUAUGGAUUUCACAUGACUGGGCAGGGGCUCAGCCAUGGGUGGGACUUGGGAGGGCAUAGACUCACUUGGGAGCCAGGCCCAUCCAAUCAGCAUGAGUUUUUCCCCAACAAAUGUCUUGAUUACAGACAGAAAUACUACUCAGCACCCUCCCUGACAAUCCUGCAGGUGAAGAGGUCCUGGGCUGCCGUGGUUACAUGUGAUCUGCAGUUGUGAGGCCGGUUGGAUGUACUGCCAAAUUCUCUAGAGGUGACUUAUGGUAGAGAUAUAAAUAUUGAAUUCUUUCCUGCAGUCAUCAUGACAAUUGCACAUUCCCUGAAUUUGAGACAUCUGUGACAUUGUGUUGUGUGUCCUUUUAUUGUCCCCCAGCACAAGGUGCACCUGUGUAAUGAUAAUGCUGUUUUAUCAGCAUCUUAAUAUGCCACACCUGUCAGGUGGAUGGAUUAUCUUGACAAAGGCUGAAAUGCUCAUUAACAGGGAUAUAAACAAAGUUGUGCACAACAUUUGAGAGACAUUAGCUUUUUGUGCACAUGGAACAUUGUUGGAAUGUUUCAUUUCAUCUCAUGAAAACAACACUUUACAUGUUUAGUUUAUAUUUUCAUUAAGUUUAUAUUGGUAGGCCAAUGUAAUGUAACCUAACAUACUAAAUGGAGUGGCACGGAUGUUCAUAUAAUACGUUUUGCUCUGAGACCAGGUUGUCCCUCUGCAGUGUUCUGUGGGAAUGAGCUAGUAGACACUUCUUUAAAAAAAAACAAGAACUUUUGAACCUUUAUUUAACUAGGUAAGUCUGUUAAGAACAAAUUCUUAUUUACAAUGAUGGCCUAGGAACAGUGGCCUUGUUCAGAUGCAGAAUAACAGAUUUUUACCUUGUCAGCUCGGGGAUUCGAUCUAGCAACCUUUUGGUUACUGGCCCAACGCUCUAACCACUAGGCUACCUUCUGCCCCUAACAUUUAUCAGAUAGAGAUGGUGUGAUGAUCAGUUUUCACCAUUAGUUUGGGGGGGAUUGUUUUACAACUUUAUUUAAUGAUACACAGUUUAUGAAAUGAAUACAUGUGUUUAUUAAUUAUCUUUAAAACUAGAUGAGUUAUUUUAGUUACUGAUCAUGAAUGUGUUUGGAUAACUGCAUUGAAGCAAACUUUAUUGAUCUGCCAAUGAAAAAUAAAGUUACAUGAAUAUG